AUGGUCUGCAACUUUCCUUCACUGGCUGGCGAGCCAGCGCCGUUUAAAGUCCUGGAUGAGCAGCGCAAGCGCUGCCCAUACGACGCAAAUACGGAUGCAGCCCUGAAGAUCGUAGAAGCUCUCCGGCCGAUUGUGGAGGAACGGCUGGAGAAAAUCAAAAGCGCAAGAGUCGUGAUCAAAAUCUUUGACACAAAAGUUGGCGAGAUUGACAUCGUAGAUCCUGAGAACUACAACGUGAUGAAGCGCUAUAUCACUGUUUGCAUGAAUGAUGUCGAUAUUCACGACAUUGUUUUGCCGACGUGUAAAGAGCACCGAGCUGCGAUGUUAUACAUCGCCUGCAUCUACGGAUUCUUUAGCAAAGACUUCGUGAAGGUCAAAGGGUCGAAGACGAAGAUCAAGGACUGGUAUGAGCUCCAGGGGACGCGCCUGAAGUGGCUUGGAUCCUACUUCACAGGUCUCCUGCAUCGGAAAAUCGAGGUGGCGGUUCUGAAGACCCUCUUCUUUCGUGCUAAUGGGCAUGCUGAUAUUCGUGAUCCUGAUCAGCAACUGGCCAAGGAUCAGGAUGGACCAGUGGACGGUGGUGAUAUCUUGGAUUCUGAUGAGGAACUCGCAGAGGAGUUUCACGAUGUUUUUGGGCAGCACGAUUAUACACAGGAUGCGCAAGCUUCAGCUGCGAAGAGGAACCUUCGCGAAGACUUGGAGAAGGGGGAUGAGCUCCUUUGUCGUUUUCUAGAGCAAGAGGGAGGCAGAUGCUUCUGCGAUGCCGCCAAGUCCGCCGGCCCCAGCAGCAAGCAGUUCGCCUUUGCUGGCUUCGAAGGAGGAGGCAGCGAGAAAGGCCUGCCGGAGGAAGCUGCCAAGCAAAAAGGUCGCAAGCGCGGCGCACCCAAAAAGGCUGCGAAGGAGAAAGCGAAGAAGCCACGCACCACUAAUGAGCAGGACAGGGAGGAUAAGCCUAUGCAUGCACAGGCCAUGGCCAGAGAGCACGAGGAAGAGCCGACAGCUGUGAAAGGCGGGCCAUCCCAAGCAACAGACAAGGACAAGGCCCCACAGGAUGAGGAGGAGAACACCGCAAGCGGUCACCAGAAAGGGGAGCAGCACCCAGCAACGGACAAGGACAAGCCCCCACAGGCACACGCGGAGGAGGACCCCGGUCAUCGUGAAGGAAAUGAACAGAAGCAAACUGCGGGGGCACGGGCCAAGGCUGCUGCGAAACCAAGGACUCCCAAAGAUGAAGCCAAGAAGCAGGCUCAGCUGCAGCGGGCGCAGGCAUCGAUCCAAAGAAUCCUUGGGUUCGGUGAGUCGAUGGGAGAUUGCAGACCCCCCGCUGCUUUCAAGCCGGGCUUUGAUUGGCAGAAAUGGAGCUUCGCGGCCAAGCCCCCGCUUCUGCUUGGUCGUGAUGACUGUGACCGUCAAGCUGAUAGCAUCACCGUUCGUUUGAACAUGUACAAUUUCUAUGUCCAGACGGUGAUUCGCCCGGAAAGCGGUCACGCGCAGGUCUGCAAGUUUGCGAAAUGUCCAUAG